UUGGUUUGCAUUAUUAUUAAAAACUACAAAAAUAUCAAAUAAACGACAAUUUACUUGCGAUUAUAAUAGCUAAUCAAACAAUGGCAUAUUAAAAUGAUAAUUUUAAUAACCGAAAAGGAAUAAAGUAUACGCAAAUGACUUUCUAUGUUUAUAAACGUUUGCCUCAAAAUCGCUAGAAACAUGGUGUCCUCAAAAGGCGCGUUUUGCAGAAGAUUGCACGAACAUUCGACGCAAAUUCUUCUGGUAUUCGUAUUUGUUCUAGUGACGUUCACGUUUCUUAGCAACACCUUCGGCAAAGUGGUCGUAGUGGAAAAGACGGUGGUGGUGCAAAGAUAUUCGGGAAAUAUGAACGAACCGGCGGAGUUGGUGCUGCCCUACAAAUUCACUGCCGAAGAACUCAUACAGGAAGGAAGGAUAUCCAGGAAGGACGUCGAGGAGGUCGGGACGUUCGUGUCGAAUCUGAACGACAAAUACGUGCCGGCAAAGCUGCAGGAUGAGACGAUUUGCAUAUUUCUGUUAUCCUGCGAACACGACGUCGAGCUCACCAAAAAAACCAUAAUAUCAUACUAUUUACUGAAAUACCAAGGUCCAGAAAUAUACGACAACAGGGAACUGAAUAACACCGACAUCAAGUUGGCCCUUAAUACAAUACAUAUGUCGAGCAUACCUGUUAGGACGGAAAACAACGAUGUUUAUCAUUACUUUAACAUACACGAUUCUUAUUAUAGAAACUUCGAUUUAGUACCCAUCAUGAAGAUUUCCUAUAUGCUAAUGGAUGUCUCUCAAGAGAAAAAUCCCCCUAACGGGAUAAUCGUCGUCAUUGAUUUCAAAGGGUUUGGUCUGAUGCACAUGUCAAAAAUAAAAAUGCAAGCGAUUAAAAAAUACCUGACGUUCUUACAAGAAGGGUUCCCCAUGAAAUUGAAAACCAUCCACAUAAUCAAUUCGGUGUAUUUCAUUGACAAAAUCCUCGCUCUCGUGAAGGUUUUCAUAAAAAACGAACUAAUGUCGAUGUUGCACUUUCACACGCCCGAUUUGUCGCAAGAAAAACUGUUCGAAAUUAUACCGAAGAAAUAUCUGCCGAGCGAAUACGGGGGAGAUUUGCCCUCCGAAAGCGAGCUGCACCGAGUCACCCUGGAGCAAUUCGAAAAGUUGGAGACGUUUUGGAAGAUUGAGGAAAAGAUACGCAAAAAGGCUCUUUCUGAAUAGAAUAAAGGAAUUGUUUGGAUCGUUUUGUAUUGUUGCUUUGUAAUUAUAAUUGAGUUUAAGAUGAUUUUUUUUGGUUACUAAUGAAGCGCUAAUACGAAUCUUGGAGUUAAAAGUAGUGGAACUUAGUAGCCGAUACACAUGUACUUAACUUUAUUUUUAUAAACCUCAAAUCCAUCGAAAUCUCUUGGACGUACAUUAA